UACAGGAAACCAGGCUCUGGAUUGAUUUCUGUAAACCACUGCUUUUAAAGGGAAAAAAAACAAACCCUCAGGGCUGGUUCGGCACCCUGGGUCACUCGUGGGGCCGUCGUGGAGCCAUCGGUGGCUCAGUGAGUCCAGUCUGCCUUCCUCACCUCGGCAAAUUGUUGGAGAGGAGCUAACCGAUUCCUCGCGGCGGAGCCUUCGGAAAGCCCUGCUGAAUUUGCCCUUCUCCCCUGGCGAGCGGCUCUGCCGGGAUCCCCCUGCGACAGCCCCGUCGGCUAGAGAGGCUUUCAGCGGGGCAGACGGAUCACACGGACUCCCGUCAGCUGCAUUCAUGGAGGCUUUACGCAGCCGGCGACUGUGCGGAGCGGCACGGGAGGCCCUCUGCAAGCCCCGGGGAGGGCGCGAGCCCUGCCAUGUCAGCCUUUGUCUGCAGAAACAACGCAUCUGGUUAUUUUAAGCCCGUGCGACAAGCCUCCUCCCUCUGUAUAACGAGGGGACCGGGAGAGACUUGCCCAAAGUUUGGCUGGAGUCAAGGGCGACUGGAGCAGAAGGGAGAUCCACCAAGCACUGUUAGAGAGUCCUGGCCUGCGGAGAGAGGAGGAGGCCAAGAGCCCAGGACAGUGUGCACAGCCUCUCCGGGUGGAUGUCACCAACGAGCGGCCUCUUCCUGGGGCCCGUUUUAUCGCCAGAUGAUCCCAGGAACGUGCGUUGCGCAGCGGUUGGCUACAGGAACGGGCGCGCAGCAUGGCCCCGUUUAACGCAUCUUUGGCUGACGAUGGGCUGGCCUGGUCUUCUUGACCACAUCAGUGCAUCCCAGAUCUCGCACGCUUUUCCCUGGAGCGGUUGGAUGUCUCCGAAUGCCUUGGAAGGACAGGAUGGGAGAGCUGAAGGGCUCACCGGGCUCCGCUGCCCUGCGUUUUGGGAGUGGGGAUUGAGGAGCCAGGUGGGAUGGAGGUACAGGUGCAGCAGCAGAGGUGGCUUUGCCUCCCCCCAAAACGGCCCAGAGAAAAGGGAUGUAUCCUGUGCGGAGGAAGACACCAUCGGGAUGAAGGAAGACGGUGUCCUGGGCACAUUUGAGUGUGAAGCCCUUCCCUGAUCAGCAGAAGCUCUGGAGAUGCUGGGCUGCCAGCUCCUCGUGACAUGUCACAUCUGUAAUGAGUUCCUCGUGUCGCUGCGAGCCAUAGCACGGGAUCAGCAUGGAUUGUAAAGUUGGAGCAACCAGACUCGUGUCUUUAAGCCUGGAUUUUUAUAGCCUGUGUCUUCUGCGGUAUUGAAGGUCUUGGGCUGUCGUAUAGCUAGUGAGAGAAACAGCGGAGCGGAGGAGGGCUGGCAGAUAGCAUCUCCAGCCCAUCAGGGAAAUAACCGUGUCGGCAGAGGCAGGAAGCUUUGACCGCAGAGAUAGCGAGCGCGGGACGAUGUCACGCCUUCCCAUGCUCCAACCCGACGGGCUCAAACGGGGAAUCUCCUGGCAGUUCCAGCGGGAACAAGCCAUGAGGGAUCCCUUUCCAGUGGAGAUGGCUCCAACAACCGUCUUCCUGCCGGGCUGUGGACGGGGAUAAGGGACCGCAAAGACCCGAUGUCCCCCUCCUCCAGAGCCACGUGGCAGCGCUGGGUACCGCUCCGGCAGCACCUCGGGGGAUUCAGGGGAAGAGAGGAUGGAUCUGUAGACGCCCAGCCUACGGGGAUAUCGCCGCCUCCGCUCGGAUCGAGAGGACGGACCGAGCCAGAGGUUUCGGAGGCAGAAGAAGGUUGUCCUGCCGCUGCGGCUGGUGUUUGUGCUGAACGGGCAGAGGUCCUCGGUGCUGGGAUGGUUGAAUUAAAGCAGCUGGAGUUUUUGCAAGUGACCAGCGGCAGCCGCGAUGAGAGCUCGAGCCCUCGGGUGACACCCCCCUCGGUGAUAAAAAUGCUCAAGUCUCGUGGGAAGAUCCUUGGAGUGCUGGCUUUGUUUCUGGUGAUGGUGUGGUACUCGAUCUCCCGGGAAGACAGGUACAUACAGCUCUUUUAUUUCCCCGUGCAAGAAAACAAGACGAUGUGUCCGGUCGGAGAGGUGGAAAAGAAAGCGGCGCAGCUCAUAGCGAAUUACACGAGGGAUCACCCGCUGUUCUUGCAGCUGAAGGACUACUUCUGGGUGAAGACGCCGUCGCUCUACGAGCUGCCCUACGGCACCAAAGGAAGCGAAGAUGUCCUCCUGCGCUUGCUGUCGGUCACCAGCUACGCCAUGCCCGAGAGCAUCCAGAGCCUGAAGUGCCGGCGGUGCGCGGUGGUGGGGAACGGGCACCGGCUGCGCAACAGCUCCAUGGGGGAGACCAUCAACACGUACGACGUCGUGAUCAGGUUGAACAACGCCCCGGUGCACGGCUACGAGCAGGACGUGGGCUCCAAGACCACCAUGCGCCUCUUCUACCCGGAGUCGGCCCACUUCAACCCCCGCAGGGAGAACGACCCCGACACGCUGCUGGUGCUGGUGCCCUUCAAGCCCAUGGACUUCCAGUGGAUGGAGGCCAUUCUCAACGACAAGAAGCGCGUUCGAAAGGGCUUCUGGAAACAGCCCCCUUUGAUCUGGGAUGCUGACCCCGAGCAAGUGCGGAUCCUCAACCCCUAUUACAUGGAAGUGACUGCUGCUAAACUACUAAACCUGCCGAUGAAGCAGCCGCGCAAGGUGAAACAGAAGCCGACGACGGGGUUGCUGGCCAUAACCUUGGCGCUGCACUUCUGCGACCUGGUGCACAUCGCGGGCUUCGGCUACCCCGACUCGGCCAACAAGAAGCAGACCAUCCACUACUACGAGCAAAUCACGCUUAAGUCUAUGGCGAUGUCGGAGCACAACGUCUCGCACGAGGCGUUGGCCAUAAAGCGGAUGCUGGAGCUGGGCCUCGUCAGGAACCUCACUUACUUCUGAGGGGCCUCUGGGCCGGGCGGCUCGGGCCCCGCUGCCUCGCAGGGACGGUCCGCUGGGGCGCCGGGGCCCCGGGGAAGCGCCGCCCGCUCCCCGUCCUGCCUCUGCCGAAACGCCGAGCGGCUGGGGGGCUCCGCUUGGGGGUCUGGCCGGCUGCGUCCACCUCCCAGCCGGCCUGGGGGGCUGCCGGGGCGAAGCGCCGGGCCGCGGGGGCUCCUGCCUGUCUCCUUCUCUCCCCCUCAGCUCUUCCCUACCAGGACGACGGCCCCGACGCGGGGCCCAAGCGGCGAGAGCCGGCAUCUCCGCGCGCCUCUUUUGGGAGGAGACGGGGGACUUUCUGUGGCGGAGCCGCCACCGCUCCUCGCGGCAGGGACGGGGCUCGGCGCCCCGCGCCGCGGGCUGCAAUAGGUGUAAAUAUUCAAUUCCUUCCCUUCCCCCCCUCCCUCCUUUUUUUUAAAGCCGAGUCCACAGUUGCGGCGUUCGGGGCCGCGAUCCCCAGAGGCCGCCGCUGCCUCCCCCGGGCGAGGGCGGCCCGGAGGCAGCAACGCCCAGCGCUCGGCACAGAUUUAAUUUAAUUAAUUUAAAAGGUUAUUUAUCUCGGGAGCCCGCCUCCGCGGGGCUGCGCCGGCCCCUGGCGCCGCUCGUCCCGGCGCGGCAAGCCGGCUCGCGCGGGGCCCCGCCGCCGCGGCAGGACCCCGCGGGCCCCGGAGCCCCCGCGCCAAUAAAGCCGGUGCUGAGUCUG